UAUAUACCUCAUAAUCUACAUCGACAGUUUGAACUGAAUCAUGGAUCUGUAAACUAUCUUAAUAACUUAAUUUAUACGCGAAAGAUGGGGACUGAAAAUAUACAUUUUUUAUGUUAUCUAGUAUUAGUGAUUUUUCAAGUUUCGAGCUUCAACAUAGACACGAAUAAUCCUGUUAUAUACUUGGACCAAACGAAAUAUGUGAAAUACGUGAAUCCGUCCGAGAAGACUAGUUUCUUUGGUUUAUCUGUGUUACUUAUUCCUGGAGAUUCUAUUAACUCAGCUUGGCUACAAAUUGGAGCACCUAGAGGAAACAGUCCCUCCCUUCAGUACAGAAAUCCAGGAAUUAUUUUUCGAUGCUCCAUUCCCAAUCCUUGUAAAUAUAUAGAGAUCGAUAAAGAGGGUAGUUCUACCGCUAGGUACAAUAAUAAAUUUGAUGAUGCGUGGAUUGGAGCUACUAUGGAUGUUAAUUUGAAAUACAACAGGACUGUGGUCUGUGCCCCAAGAUGGAUAAACGUCUACAAGGAUUCUCGAAGGGAGCUCGAUUACAGAAUGCUAGGCGCUUGCUAUUGGUCGACCCUGAACAGUGACCAAUACCAUAAAAGAUUGCCCUUGCUUGGAACAACCUCCGAUUACAUUUACAAGGAUAGAACCACAAACGAAUCUGUUUACAACUGGGGUCAAGGGGAAGCUGGAAUAUCCGUUCAUAUGCCUGAGCUCCAGAAGGAAAUGUACAUUGGUGCACCAGGAGUUUUCAAUUGGAAAGGGACAACCAUGAUAUACAGGGAUAGGCAGUUCAAAGAUGAGAGUCCAGUAGCUAACAAAUACAGACUUUUCAACGGUUUAGAAGAAGAUCCUGCAGAGGUUCUGAAUGAUGUUAACAUCGCUAACGCAAGGCUGAGUGGAAGCUUGUUCGCGUUUGGUCUCUUUGGAUAUUCCGUGACAUCUGGAUAUUACUACUCUAGGAAUCAGCUUUUAUACGCUGGAGGAGCACCUCGAUCACAAAAUUAUCGUGGUCAAGUGCUCAUUAGCCAAUUUGGAGACAAUCACGACCAGAAAUUGAACGUCAAAGACACAAAAGAGGGCUCCCAAUUCGGCGAAUAUUUUGGGGCUGCUUUAGCAACGGGCGAUAUCAAUCAAGAUGGCUACGAUGACCUUUUUGUUGGGGCCCCCUUCUACCACAGCUCCAAAUAUAAUGAAGGGAGGAUGUAUUUGUACUUGGGAAGUCCAAAGGGCUCACUCCAAGAUCCUGUGAUUGGUAAGUCCAUCGAUGGGACUCAAACCAAUGGACAAUUUGGGGCUGCUAUUACGUAUCUAGGGGAUAUGAACAGGGAUGGUAACAGAUAUGUUGCAGUUGCUGCCCCUUACGCAGAAGAGGGCUCAGGAGUUGUGUAUAUUUUCAAAGGUCUCCUGGAAUCUUACGGUAUAGAUUCUAAUCCAGUACAGAAAAUUGUUGGGAAGAGUUUCCUUCCAAAUAUCAGGGGUUUUGGAAUGAGUAUAUCAAAGCCAGCAGAUAUAGAUGCUAAUGGAUAUAAAGAUAUUGCAGUAGGAGCUUAUCAAUCAGGACAUGUUGUACUUUUGAGGAGUAGACCCUUAGUUAUUGUCAAUAGUUAUUUUGCCAGAAAACCUAACGCUAUCUCAACCCAAGUCGAUGAAUUCACCGUUUAUCUAUGUCACGAAUUUAGCGCCUAUGGAGGAAUGGAUAAAAUAAGAAUAACGAGGAAAAUUGUUGUGGAUGAGAAUUACAAGAGGGCUUAUUUACUCGGUAAAGAAGAGACAGAACCGUUCGAACUGCAGAAGUCUCAACCGAAGUGUGAGGAACUAAGAAUAAAAUUACGAAAAUCUCUACCUAAUGCUUAUGACCCUUUGACCCUGGCUGUGACACACUACUUCGUAGAAAACAAGCCAAAAGCAGGUAACGUUUUAGUGAGCAACUCCACCCAAGGUAGUGACAAUUUUUGCAUGCGGUGUGGCGUUUACGAUAAAUUCAGAUCGAGACAAACUGUAGAAGAAUCAAUUCCUUUCACUCUUGGCUGUGGAAAUGAUAAUGUUUGCCUCUCGGAACUGAGCUUCAAUUCUUCAUUCAUCGUACUGGGCAAUAGAACCGACACCUUCAUACGUGGUUCGACAAAUGUGAUAGAAUUAGAAAUACAAGUUAGUAAUAGCGGAGAGAAGGCAUAUCUUCUCAAUGUUCAGGUCGACCUACCAAAGGAAUUGAGUUUCAAGAAAAGGCCCACCCUAUGUGAACAAAAUCGAACGAGGAUCAAAUGUCCUCUAGCUAAUCCCCUUGAAGAAGGAAAAACGGCAGUCCAAAUACUGAAACUUGAUAUGGAGUAUGUCAACCAAAAGAUAGAUACCGAUUUCCUCUACAUAAACGUGACAGUACUCACAAACAGUUUGAACAAAAACCAAGCUUUCAAAAGGGUGAAAUUCUACUUGAAAACCGAAGCUGAUAUCACCAUUUCUGGCAAAUCUGGCGAGCAGAGUUAUUCAUACGGGAACGAAUCAAAUUCAAAGGUGGAAUUCGAGCAGACCUAUUUGAUCGGCAAACUCGGUUUGAGUCCUGUGACUACCAUAGCGUUCCAGCUCUACAUCCCUUACGCCAUACAGACAAAAACAGAAAAUGUGACCUUCAUAUCCCUGUAUCAGCCUGUAGGUCUCCUUGAAGGACAGUCCUUGAUCUUCGAGAGUGAACUGCCCAUUUUGGUCGUGAACAAAUUCGAAUCUUCGGAGGGCAUAGGCUCGGAUAAGAUAAAGGAAAUAAGGGAGAAAAGACAGGUUGAUACGUCGGAAAUAGAGGUACUGCAGAACGACACUCGGUUGGAGUUGAACACAGCAAAUCUUCAGGGAGACAGUGUGGAGAAGGGAUUCAUUGGCACUACUACUUAUGAAAUAAAUUGCGAAAGGGAAGAUGUUCUUUGCGGUAGGAUAUAUGGAUCGGCUGGACCAUUUGAGGGAACCAAAAAUUCGGCAGUCCUUCAACUUCGGCUUCUCCUUGACGUCAAGAAUAUAACAGGGUUCCUUCCGAAAAAUGCAAUCAUCAAAUAUUCUACAACUGGAGUAGUUACGAUAAAAGAUCCUCCAAACCUUAAGCAGAGCGGCACAAGGCCUGAUAUGGCAGUUGUUAGUAGCAUUUUCCUGAAUGAUACCAACAAGAAAAAGAUUGAUACAUGGAUUAUAAUAGUUUCAGUGGUAUUAGGAUUGCUGCUUUUGCUACUACUCACUCUUGGUCUAACGAAGGCUGGUUUCUUCAAGAGAGCUAAGAAAGAGGAAUUAGAACAGUUGAAGGCCCAGACUGUAUACAACGAUGGAAAAACCAACGGUGCUGAAAAUGAAGACAAUGCACCAGAUGCUGAAUAAAGAAGACUCAUUUAUAUUUCGAUUGUAGAUUGAUUUAAGAGGAGGUUGCAAUAAAUAUUUUUUUAUAUUA